GCCCCUUCAACGACACUUGACAGAAUGGCGUGCGGUGCUUUUUGUCCCUCUGGCCGCCCCGUAGAAAAAGGAAGUACAAGAUAAAGCUACUUCAAAAAUAAAAACAAAUUGAUGCUAAAACACCCAAAACAUAUUUAUCUCAAAAUGGAAAGUCAGAACCCAACGUCAACGAAUAACGAUUCACGCUGCGUAUUUUUUAACACAGUUUCAGAAGACUAUCAAUGCGUGCUGAUUUUAAGAGUAAAACGAGCCACAGGAACCUUCUCCUUAGUAGGAUGCGUUUUCAUGCUCUUUGUGAUUUGGCUGCUUCGCAGGUAUCACUCUCUGGCUCAGAAGAUGAUUCUGAGCCUGACUGUAGCCGCCUUCUUCGACAGUGUAGCAUAUGUCAUGGGUGACUCACAUCCAGAGGGAGCUCUGUGUGACUUCCAGGCCUGCUGGUUAACUUACUUUGACUGGAGCGCCUUGGCCUGGGUUUGCCUCAUCACUCUGAACCUCUACCUCAACCUGGUGAGAGAAAUCAGCACCAACCGAUACGAGAUGUUGUACCAUCUGACGGCGUGGGGGCUUCCUCUGGUCAUGGCCUCCUUGCCCCUGCUAAAGGGCUACUACGGCCCCGCCGGAGCCUGGUGCUGGAUCACAGACGAUCACGUAGCCUGGAGAUUUGGGAUAUGGUAUGUGCCUCUGUUCAGCCUCAUCUUCUUGAUGAUCUGCUGCUACGCCCGGAUAAUCUGCGUGGCCACCGCAAGGAUGCAGUCAUGGUUGGGAACCUUCAACCCAGAGAGAGAGAGACGAAAGCUGUCCUUGGCGGAGGAGAUCAAGCCGUUGAAGUGGUAUCCUUCCGUCUACCUGCUGGUGUCCAUCUUCCCCCUCGUCAACAGGCUCCACAAUGCCUUCUACCCACAGGAUCCGUCUUUCCCGCUCACCCUGUUGCACGUCCUGUCGGCACCGCUCCAUGGCUUGGCCAAUGCGUUUGUCUUCGGCCUGGAUCGGGACGGGUGGAGCCUUCUGAGCCCCACUGGCAUGCAGCUGGCUCUGCAGUCGCGGCUGUGUGACAGGACUCGGAUCGGAGAGUACCACCCCGGAGCGGUGCGCUACACACAGGCCGACCUGGUCGACCUCAGCGAUGACGACGACGAUGACACCAACGUGCUCUUCUACUCCCCUGACAUGACCCUGAAAGACAGAGGGCCCUGAGAGGGAGGGGGGGGGGGAGGAGGGGAGGGUGCUGGCGCAAAGAGGGUCAGAGCCAGAGAGCGACACGCAUUGGAUUAGAAACUGAGAGGGAGAAACAAGAGGUUGGGAGGGAAUGGAAAGGAAAAGAUUGGGGGGACAGUCGGGCAGGUAAAAGGCGGAGAUGAGCUGUCAGGUUCCAUUAUUAAUCCCCAUCCUUUACUAUUUAAUAUCCUAAAGACACACACACACACACACACACAUGUGCUGAGCUCCCUGCCACACUACAACGAGAAAGGAGCGGCUCUUCAGAUCUUCUUCACGUUAAAGGCGUUGGCUUCUCAGCCAGAGGUCUACCCACAAUUACCUACCCCCCCCCCCC